CUUUCGCAAACAUCACCAUUGCACGGCGCUCUCAGAUUUGAAAUGUCUGACACCGAGAUGGCUGGAGGUGUCGCACUGCCGGAGCGUCCUGCGCAGCUUGAGGCAAUGGACAUCGACACGCCGAAAGCAGCAGCAGCAACCAUUUCGGUUGCGGAUUCCACUUCGACCAGCAGACGCCCAGUGAACGUCGAGAAGCCGAAUCCAUACACUUUCGAUCUGGGGAACCUUCUCGCCAACGACCCCAAUCCCGUCCCCUCCAAUCCAGACGAAGAAACGCUUCGAAGCAUCGCCCGCGAUGCCGGCCAGUCUCUGAUCAACCAGCUGCUUAGCACCUGCGAAAUCAAGUCCUCAAGCGAUGGCGUGCACCUCGUCCUCCCGCCAACCACCACGCCUCUCCCUCGCGAGAAGCCCAUUCCCGCCGAAAAGGCGCCCACCAAGUGGGAGCUCUUUGCCAAGAAGAAGGGUAUCAAGGACAAGAAGCGCGAGGGCAAGAUGGUUUACGACGAGGCGAGCGGCGAGUGGGUUCCGAAGUGGGGGUACAAGGGUAAGAAUAAGGACGGGGAGAACGACUGGCUUGUGGAGGUUGAUGACAAGAAAGAGCGGGAGAGUGGCGAGGCGCAUGACCAAAGGGCGGAGGGUAGAAGAGAGCGGAAGGAGAGGGUUAGGAGGAAUGAGAGGAAGCAAAGGGCGAAUGACCGGAGUUCUAGAAAGUCUGGUUAGGGAGAUGGAAGGACUGGGAUUUGAGAGGGAUGAGCAGAUGGGCGAGGCUUCUUCAUGAUUGCAUUGGGCGGCGUUAUGGAUAUCUGGGCAGAGUUUCCAGAGGUUUGGCGCAUACGGCUCGAAAAUGGUGGCAUCAGUGAGGUUUCUCUUCCGUGAGCCGUAGCCAACCCUCGAGACAAAAUGGUCUUCGAACUACCGGACAUAUCAUGGUUUACAGUUCCACCAAUCUCAAAAUUGCUCUAUGGAGUCUCUCCAUUCUAGAGCUUUCCUGUC